AUGCGUACACGUCAUCUUCGUAACCCUUGGAAUGCAAAUAGAGAAGUGAAAAUUAGCCGAGAUGGUACUGAAGUUGAACCGAUUGUCGGUGAGCGUUUAAUUACAGAAUUCCACAAGACACCACCUUCGACGGUUCCAGCACAAUAUAUGCCUAUCAAUGGUCCUCUAUUAACCCAACCGUUGAAUCUCGAUAAUCAAAGUGUUGAUAGUGACACUAAAGAUCGGAGAGAAUCAUUUUCCUCUCAAAGUGGUGCAUCAUCAUCGGUUCAAACUACUUUGCAACCAAUAGUGGAUCCAAACUUAAUUCAAAGCGCUCAACCAACAUUCUUUCCACCACCUAGUUACUGGCAUCCCCAACAUAUGAUAGUGCCUCCAUUUGGCACUGGAACUUCAGCUCCAGGAUACAUUCCUGCUCAACAAGCAUGGACAACACCUGUUCCCAAAGAUUCAUCAGGAGUCAGUCGUAUACAGCCACCUCAAUCAACAGGUGUUUCAUCAGUGAUGCCUUUGGAACAACAAUAUGUGGAGACUCCUGUUACUCAGCAUCAUUAUCCUUCAGCCCAUGCUCAUCAAUUUUAUCCUAAUAAUUCUGGUAAUGCAGUAAUUUCGCAAUAUCAACAAGCACAACAUUAUUAUCGUAACUCUGAAGAACAAUAUCAAGCGACAUCUCAACCACACCAAGAAUCAAGUCCUGAAAAUGUGCCCUACCUGGUCGAUGAACAAAGAAAAGGCCUUGAGGCUACCAGUA